UGUAGAGCCUCCUGCAGAAAACAGCAAUAUGGCACCAAAAAAGUCAUUUUUGGCUAUGAAACAGAUCAUUUGUUUCCAGAUUUUAAUCCUGACCUUCACUGAAACAAGAACAUCAAAAAGCGAUUGCACAGUAAUGACAUUUUUGGGAAAUGGGUCCAAUAUUUUAUCAGAUUCAAAGGAGAUGGUGGGAUGUAUUUUAGGAAAGAGUGAAAAUAAAACAGAGCUUACACAGAGAUAUAUUAAAUGUGUGGAAAAUUGUUUUCUUACGAAAUGUUACACUUCCAGACCAUACUGCAAGCUUAUUUUAAGUAUUGUGAAGACAAUAAACAAUGCAACUAAGAAAAACAAAAAGGGUUUCGCUAAUCCCACCAGUCGGGACAAAUGUUGUCUCAAGGAUCUGCACAAUAUAGAGGCUGAAGAUCUUUUGUCAUCUGUGCCAGUUUCCUCUCCAUUUCCUGUAUCCUGCUCCAAGGGUUUUUUUGAAAUAACACCAGAGGUGACCUGUGAGUAUACAGCUAACAGAAGCUCGCCUGUCUGGAGCACUAAGCAUCCCUGUGUGGAAAUACCAAAUGUGUGGGUGAAAUUUAAUGAAAUAUCAUCUGAGAAUGUCAGCUUGACAUGGAACUACACUCAAAUUCCAAGCAAGGUCUAUUAUGUUAAUAUCACCGUGAGUUGUCAGCUGGAGAGAUUAUUUGGACGGACCUGUUCCAGGCAUGAAAGUGCAACUGUCCAUCCAGAAGGGCCGGGCGAAAUAACUUGUGCAGCACUACGGCCAUUCUCACACUACUUUCUAAAUUUCACGGUGAAGGUCUUCAAUACAAGGCUAAAAAACAAAACCCAGAGACUGGAGUUUGAAGGCCCGCUGCAAAAUGAAGUAAUCUUCUUCAACACAUCUCAGACAGUUCCUGACAAGCCAGAAUUUCACAAUUCGUCUUUCUUCAGUAGUGGAUGGAUUCAAUGGAGACCACUGUCAGACUGCACAGGAACCAUAAUAGCAUAUGAGCUGAACUACACAGGGAAACGAGACUAUAAUGAUUCAUUCAUAGAAACAUAUUCUGUCCUUGUGAAUUCCUCUGUGACAAGCUAUAAUCUUCCAAAUUUAAAAAGUGCAACUAACUAUUCUUUGGGAAUCCGUGGCUUCACUGAGGCAGGUGCUGGAGAAGUGUCCCUUGGGAAUUUUCAAACAGAACUAAAGGAACCAGUUAUUCCAGAAACUGAAAACCUUACAGCAUUUAAUAUCUCUAGUGGCACUGCUGUCAUUCCUCUGCAUCCUGUUCUUGACACCAAUGGACCAAUUAGCAGUUACCAGGUUAUUGUACUGGAACUGGAAUCUGUCUCAGGCAGGAACAGAAGUUUGGCCAACAUCUGUGUCAGGAUGGACCUGGCAGGCUUCAACAGCAGUAGUGCUGGGAGCAUCAUCUAUAUUGCAGGAGAAAUCCCAGCAGAGAACCUGAGCAGUCUGCCAGAGUUCACUGUGGGAGAUGGGAAGCUGUAUGGGCAGUACUACAAUGCACAGUUACAACCUGAGAAAAACUAUUCCAUCAUAUUCAGGGUGAUUAGUAAAUGGAAGCAGGAAGUGAGAUUCUCUUGCUCAGAAUAUGAACCAUUCUAUGUUCCUGCAGAAGUCCAGCAUGAUGCUUCUCACCAGCUUCUAAAGAUCUGUCUUUAUGUAUUUCUACCCGUGACCUGCACUCUUCUUCUUGUCUUUCUCAUCUUCAUUUGGAGAUGCACCCCUCACCAUGGAAAGUAUAUAGACAAUAAUGCCUUGGCUCUAUCAGUUACAAUACAAUCAGACACUAUGCCUGUGGAGCAGCUGAUACAGCACGUGAUCCACAUGAAGCAAGACUGCAAUAGAGAAGCAGAAAGUGAGGAGGAAGGGGGCCUGACUAAGGAAUUCAAGAGUUUACCAAAGAGCUGCUUUGGUACCUGUGAGGCUGCAAAGAAUCAGUCUAAUAAAGGAAAAAACCGCUACAAAAAUUCUGUUCCCUGUAAGUGGAUAUUUAAUAAAUAA